AUGCUGCCGUCGGUCGGCCGGCCAGUCACUCUCACCGAGGACAGUACCAGCGCCCGUCGAGAGAGCUUCGUAAAGCCCCGGUCGCUCGCCUGGCUUCCCGUGUUACUGGUGUCGGCGCUGAUUUCUUGUUCCUACUACGCCUACGUUUUGGUUUUCUGCCGGCUCGUUGUCGCGCAGGAGAGCAUAGCGAAGGCCGCAGCCUUCGCCGUCGGCUUCCACCUGCUUCUUUUCAUGUGCAUCUGGUCGUACACGAAGACGACGGCGACAGCGAUUCCCGAAGUUCCACCAGCGUACCUGCUCAGCGUGGGCGAGGAGCAGGCGCUGGCCAACUGUGAAAAUGAGCGCACGCGGCAUGGUCUACUCGAAAUGCUGGCAUCGUAUAGAGGCGUGAUCACCCAGGGGCCAGACGGAUGUGCGCGUUACUGCGAGUCAUGCCAUCUCGUCAAGCCGGACAGGUGCCACCACUGCUCUACGUGCCGAAGAUGCAUCUUGAAGAUGGACCACCACUGCCCGUGGUUCAACAACUGCGUCAGCUUCAGCACCUACAAGUUCUUCCUGCUCACGCUCUUCUACACGGUCGCGUUGUGCGUCUACGGAGUGGCCACGCUGGCAGCGCACUUGGUUGGGUGGUGGUCGGACGCAUGGCAUCUGAAGCCAUACGGCUUCCACAUGGGCUUCCUCGUGGUCGUGGGCUUCACGCUUGCUAUCGCUCUCGGCUCCUUUCUCGUCAUGCACCUGUCCAUGGUGUCGAGAAACGAGACGACGCUCGAGAAGAUGCGCGGCGCCAUGUUCCAGGAACCCGGAGACUCGUUCGAUCUUGGCAACCGCUACCGGAACUUCACAGAGGUGUUCGGUCCACAAAAGUCACUGUGGAUGAUUCCCGUGUUCACGAGCGUCGGCGACGGCGUCCGGUUCCCGACCAGGCUGCACCCCACGCGAGGCACGGUCGACCCGCGGCCAUCUGCCGUUGUGGUAAACUAUUCUGCGGCCACUUACGCGACAGGCUCGUCCAGUCUCGAUUGCAGAGCUGACGUCAUGGAUAUAGUACAAUAA